AUGAACGUUAUGUUUUUGCUGUACAUUGCUCAAAUGACGAUUUUUACGAAAUAUAUUUACAAAAAACACCUUAUGAGGUUUUUGAGGGAUAUAAUAGAUCUGCAGGAGCGAAAAAUAUUCCCGCAGGAUUGCCUCAAAUACCCUUUCAGGAGAAUAUUGCUUGUAUGUGCAAUAGCAUACACUAUUUUUAGUACACUUUUAAUAUACAUCACUAAGGGUGAUUUCAAAGGAAUUCUUAUGAUUAUAGUGACCACCACUAAUAUUUACAUCGUCAUCCUUAUUUCCACGUUGGCGCAUUUAAUCAGAAUUAUGUACAGGGACGUCGGAAAUUUAAUUAUGAAUGGAAACAAUAAUAUAAGAGAUGUAAAAAAAAUUACUGGUAUUAUUUUUAACAUUACGAAGAAGUUUAAUUUUUUGUUUGGCAGGCAAAUUUUCGCUCUUCUCGGGCUGUCUUUUUUCGAUAUUUUGACGUUGUACGAAGAAUUUUUUAUUCUGUCUUUUGAUUUAUCACUUAUACCAAGAUUUGUGCAUGUAUCUUUAUUCAUGACUUGUUCGGUGAACAUAAUUUUCGCAUGUCAUUGGGCGACUGAGGAGGGACGAAAUUUGAUAAAGACGUGUCAGGAAGUCGAACUAAGAUGUUCUUUCAGUUCAAGAAGAAUCGAAUUGAGCCUCUUGUCCACGCACCUUUAUUAUGAAGAUCCUGUUUUUACAGCUGCGGGAUUUUUCAGGAUCAACAAAGGCACAACAAUGUUGCUAAUCAGCUCGACCGUCAAUUAUUUUAUCGUGUUGGUACAACUGAAUUCGACGUAA